AUGUCCGGACCCGUGGAGGCUGUGAAAAGUCAGGGGACUCUUGGUGAUCCUAGUGCCCAUGAAGUGAACUUGAAUGCCAUUACUUCCAACCAAUACCUGCUUGGCCAGGUCGGUGGUCAUUUGACCGAUGCCCAAAAGGAAUUUGUGUUGCUCAGAUUGGAGCACCAUGGGUUGGAAACUUUGGAUGAUUUACCUGCCGAUGCUGUGUUCAUUAUCGAAAAAGUGGACACAAUGUCAGUUGAAGAAGCCCUCGCGGUCCUUAAGCAAGCCAUCAAGGACCACAACGGGGACUACAACAUCAGUUCAGGCGACCUUGACCUCUGGAAGAAGCUUGUAGCGCAUGAACAAGAUAGUGACGUGGAGGUACCGCUGGGCGGAGACCUCGGCGACCUGGACAACGAAAAAGCUAAGGACGGGAUCCAGAUUUCAGAAAAACCGCAUGGUGACAUGAUGAAUGAGACGGAAGCGUACGACUACACCAGAAUCGUUGACUGGUCAUUCCAAACGCGGUUGGAAGCAACUGUUAUUGCCUACUGGUCGCCUUAUGUUGAGGUGAGAUCGUGCACUGAUCCGUUUGACGACCCCAACGUCCCCGUAGAGACGUUGCGGGUAUACAUUCUCGGGAUUAUUUGGACAGGUAUUGGUUCCGUUAUCAACACCUUCUUCCACAACCGUCAACCUGCUAUCACCUUGCAGGCUGCGGUCGUGCAAAUUUUAUUGUACCCUUGUGGGGUGUUGUGUGCUAUGAUCUUGCCGAAAUGGAAUAUUGGCUUUGGCAAAUACAAGAUGCCUUUGAACCCGGGACCUUGGAACUACAAGGAGCAGUUGCUUUGUACCUUAUUUUAUGCAGUGUCUGCAGGUGUACCGUACGUUAUUGACAAUAUUCAGGUGCAAAAGAUGCCCAUGUUCUACAACAACGAAUGGUGUGACUUUGGUUACCAAGUGUUGCUUAUGUUGCUGUCCCAGUUCAUGGGGUUUGGUUUUGCUGGUUUGUUGCGGAAAUUCGUCAUCUUCCCCGUGCAAUGUCUCUGGCCCGAUAUGUUACCCACUUUGGCAUUGAAUAAGACUCUUAUGAAGCCUGCCAAGAAGGAGCGCAUCAACGGGUGGACAAUUUCCUCGUACAUGUUCUUUUUCAUUGUGUUUGUCGCCAGUUUCCUUUGGUAUUGGGUGCCUAACUAUUUGAUGGAAUUCAUUGGGACUUUCAACUGGAUGACGUGGAUUAAGCCAGACAACUUCAACCUCGUCACUAUAACCGGGUCAAACAAUGGGCUUGGUCUUAACCCGAUUACCAGUUUCGACUGGAACAUUGUCAAUUUCAAUCAAUGUCUUCAGUUCCCGUUCUAUUCAACUGUCACACAAUAUCUCGGUACCUUGUUAGGGUUUUUCAUCAUUGUUGGUUUGUACUACUCCAACUACAAGUGGACUGCGUUCAUGCCCCCUAACAGUAACGCCUUAUUCAACAACAAGGGUAAACGGUACGAUGUGAAAUCGGUUGUUAACGAACACCUGUUGUUCGACAAAGAGAAAUACGAAAAAGUCGGGCCUCCUUUCUACACCGCUGGUAACUUGAUGAUCUAUGGUAGUUUCUUUGCCAUUUACUUGUUCCUGGUUGUCUACGAAUUUGGUUCAAACUGGCGCCAACAAUGGUACUCCAUGAAGACGUUCUGGAAACAAAUUCGUACCUGGAGAAACUCUCUGGUCUACGACGGUUUUGAGGACCCGUUCCUGGUGAGAAUGAAGCGUUAUAAGGAAGUUCCCGAGUGGGUCUUUUUCAUUGUCUUGCUUUUGUCGGUCGUCUUGUCGAUUAUCUGUGUCCAAGUCUAUCCCGCUCAAACCCCAACUUGGACCAUCUUUUUUGCUUUGGCUAUCAACUUGGUGUUCUUGGUGCCGUUGACUAUGUUAAGAGCCGUGUCGGGUACCACAUUUGGUCUUAAUGUGUUGGUUGAACUUAUCAUUGGGUACGCUGUUCCUGGGAACGGUUUGGCUCUCAUGUACGUCAAGGCUAUCGGUUACAACAUCGACGGUCAAGCACAGAACUAUAUUUCCGACCAGAAGCUUACUCACUACGCCCUGAUUCCCCCUCGGGCUUUGUUCCGGUGCCAGUUGCUUUCGACUUUCAUCUCCUGUUUCGUGUCCCUUGGUAUGGUGCAAUUCUUGAUGACUGGUAUUAAGGACUACUGCAUGCCGGGCAACAAACAAAAGUUCACCUGUCCCAACAGUACCACUUUCUACUCGGCGCUGAUCACUUGGGGUGUGAUUGGACCUCAAAAGUCUUUCCAAUUGUACCCGAUUCUCAAGUGGUGUUUCCUCAUUGGCGCUGGCGCUGGAUUGGUGUGCCUUGUUUUCAAGUGGUACGGUCCUCAAAAGCUCACCAGACGGUUCCAACCUACCCUUUUCAUCAUUGGGUUGCUUGCCUGGGCGCCUUAUAACUUGUCGUACCAAACCAUGGGUUUGUACAUGUCCAUUGGUUUCAUGUGGUUCCUCCGUACCAGAUUCACCUCCUGGUGGUCCAAAUACAAUUACACGUUGCUGGCUGCAUUGACAGCUGGGUUGGCGUUCUCGUCGAUUAUCGUAUUCUUCGCCGUACAAUACCACGAUAAGCUGAUUGACUGGUGGGGGAAUAAUGUUUCGUAUGAAGGCUACGAAGGCGUGGCGGGAUCAUUGAUGAACGCAACUUUACAAGCACCCGACGGCUACUUUGGUCCUCGUAAAGGCCAAUUCCCUAUGUAA